UUGAAAUGCUGCAUCUUUUUGGAUCUGACCUUCAUCUGCUUUUCAUACUAAGCAUCAUCAGUCUGCCAACUCCAGCGGGUCUGGGUCGCGCAAUCGGGGAUGGCGGCGGCAGCUCGAGCAUUGACACGAGCUGGCUUGCCACCUACUCCUCACCUCGACUUGCCGGUUGGACUUCGACCUCAGGUGGUGGGCGAAGAUAAUGUAGAAAUCGUAAACGAGGUCGAGGAUGAGGCUGAGAAGCAAGAAGUAGUCGACGAGGCCGUAGCGGAGGAGGAUGCUCAGGUCGAGGAGGAUGUUGAAAUGCAGGACGCCGAUGCAGAAGACGAAGGGGAUGCUUCAGCUGUGGACCUUGCCCCAGAAGCAGAGGAAGGAGAAGCUGUCGAGGAGGAAUUGCCGAAUCAACCUCUUCUCAGCCUUGCUGAAAGCUUGGUACUCUCCUAUUCUCUCACUCAGACACGUCAACACCACUUGACUCACUUGCUCCCUCACAUCUUUUCUCAUCCCCCCAUAUCAUCCUAUAACCGACCUCGAUUAAAACUUCCUCCCAAAUCGACGUUCAUAUUCCCAACCCCAGCUCUACCGGACCUCCCACUCCCAAUGGACGAGUAUCACGGCCUGUCAAAGCCGGACGAAAAUAAAGAACUCGGCGAUGGGCAAGCGGGCGAAGAAGAAGAUGCCAAGGGGUCAUCAAAGAAAACCAAGGACAAAUCAAACCACGUACCAGCUCACGAAGGCAAAUGUAUAGCCCGUGUGGAUUUUUCCAUCGGACCCAUCUCCUUUCCAGGGACAGAACUUUGGAUCGGUCGAUUCGUCUCCCCCAGAGCUAGCGUUCCUAAACGACCUCCUCUCACCAAGGAGGAAAAAGCGGAGAGAGACAGGAUAAGGAGACACAAAAAGAAGAUGGAGGAAGAAGCUGGGUUAAGACCGAAACCCGUCCCAUCAUCCGGACCAAGAGGGUCAGUAGGUAGACCUCCAGGACCAGGAAGACCGCCUUCUAUCCGUCCACCGGGUCUCCCUGGGUCCUCUGGCCCAAUUGCCGGACCCGGUCGACCGCCGUUGCGGCCACCUGUGAGACCGGGGCCACCGAGACCAGGUAUCGAUCCCGCUCUGAUUCAACGUGUCAAUGCCGCUGCCGCUCAACAUCCCUGGCUGUCGGUGAUUAUCCACAAAGCCGCUCGGAACAGUGCAUCCAAAGAAGAACUAGCUAAAUUGGCUAGAAUCGUAGCGAGAUUAGGCAGAGGCGAAGGUGUUGGCGAGGGACCUUAUUUUGGUCUAUCGUCAUCAGCAGCCCAAGCUGCUGCUCAGCCUACGACAGCAGCUCCCACAACAGCAUCAACAUCGCAGCCCAGACCUCCGAGACCCCCGCCUGUCCGCCCUCAAGCGGCAACAUCAACUGUGUCCUCAUCUGCACAGCCCACAACAAGGCCUCCGCUCGACUCCACAGGGUCAGAUUCGUCCCUGUCGCCUAUACCUUCAGACUCGGACUCUGAACCAGAUAUGACGGGUCGGAAACAAGUCGGUGGAGGAAGUGGGCCAGAGCCGACAGAGUCACCGGUCAUUGAGCAGAGCGAGGCGCAGCUCCCCUCCGCGUCAGAGUUGCAAACUCAGCAGACCUCUUCAACCCAACCCACAUCAUUACCUCCGCCGAACACCGAUUCAACUCCGGUCAAUCCUACCGAUCCGACUGGUUCUGAUGUACCAUCACCUGCUCCUCCUCAUCCGCGUCCUCCGACGUCCAUGCCCUCGACAGCGUCUGCACCCACCGGUCCUCCGACAAAUCUACCUCUGCCUCCUGUUCCCGUGGUUCGGCCUCAAGGGGGCCACUUUGGGAGCUUUCAAAUGACCCCACAGACCCCUGUUGCACCUAGCACGAGCGCUGCUGCUUCUAGCAAUCAGCCGUCCGCAGCCAAUGGAGCUCCCCCUCAUACCCAAUCCCCCGCACCUUCUGGUCCACCUCCACCUCCACCACGACGUUAUCCUCUUCCUGCUCCUUUCCUCUAUUUGGCCUUCAGAGAGCUCCCGACGGAGAAAUACCUCUUACCAAUCGGCGCCCAAUCCUUUAUCUCCAGAAUAGGUGGAGAUCACGUCACUCAUCCAGCACCAAAACCUCCCUCGCCUGCACCGAUACCUGCGCCAAUUGCUGAGCCCACACCUGAGGUCAUCGUUCCGCAAGAGAUAAGCAAGCGGACGCGGCAAUCUCUCGGGCGUCAACACAAGGAAGAACGAGAGCCAACCCCUGCCCCGCCUGAAUCUGUCCGAUUGCCCACCCCAACGCCAGAAUUACCAACAUCUGGUCUGCCCCCAUUAUCAGGAAUGGCACCGCCCCCCGGUACCGUCCUCAUAUCGACUUUCUUACCCACUACAGACUGGAUGCCACCAGACUGGAAGUCUAUGUCCAAGCGUCUACCAUUCGAGAACAAGGCUUACGACAUUGAAGAGGACUCGAUUCAGAACCCAUCUUCGUCUCCUGAUCGUCGGAAACCUGCCAAGACAGACCGGCCUCCGAUGCUUAACCUCGGUGCAGAAGCGUGGUAUCCUGACGACGAUCCGGUUCAGGCAGUGACAAUGCGACUCUGCGGGAUGGACGACCUUGCCUGGGCGAAAAUGAAACGGGUAUUACUCGAGGCUGAGCAUGCUGAAGUCUCUAUUCUGGCUGAGGAAGAACCCGACCUUGUCGUACAGGGCUCCCCGCGUCUUCCUACCACUCAGGUCCGACUGUGGCAAGCUUACACAGAUCGAAAGCGAGCAAUGUUUGGCUCUCUCCUCGCCCGGGUUCCUCCGAGGAAAUUCCUCCACUAUCGACUUGCUGAAACGUCCUCCGACCUAAUCGAAGCAUCGGCCGAUCGCUGGGCGCCACGACCAUAUCCAUUAUCUACUCGGCCGCUCUACUUAACAUCCCCUCCACCAGAGGAUGAACCUGUCCACUGGAACGUUCCUGUACAAGUACAGAAGAAACGACGAAACGAGCCUGAGGCAGAGGUAGAAUUCGAAAUGCCAGUAUCACUCGACCUACUAGACGAACGAGUAGCUCUAGGAGCGAAGAAAGCAGUCAAUCGAAAGGUCGGAAAAUUGAAAAUGCCAAAGCCGCCAAAGGUACCCAAACAUGGUGUCGAGGAAAGUCCUAGUGGGCGCUUCCAGAAGCGAGGUGUACCUGGAAAGAUCUGCGAGGGAUGUGCCACUGCGGGACUCAAGGUCUGGCGAAGGGGCCCAGGGGGUCCUGCUACACGUAAGUCAUGACCAUGAUGGGGAGAAGCUGAACUGAAAACAGUGUGCAAUACCUGUGGAUCAAAGUUCCUUGAUGGCACUCUUGGCG